UCUCUUACUCUUGGUAUAUUUCUACUGAAUUUCGCACUCUCGCCUCCUGCAACUGGAAUACUGGACGAGAUAGUAAUUAGUGUAUUCUUAUUUAAAGCACCCUAGCUGCAGAACACGCAGCCACUGGAAAGUGCUUUCCACAAACCUGUGAAAGAGAUCAUGUCAGAACUUGUGACUCUUAAUGUGGGAGGAAAACUGUAUACCACAUCACGAGCAACUUUGGCAUGCUAUCCAGAUUCCAUGCUGGGUGCAAUGUUCAGUGGGAAACUGCCUUCUUCAAAGGACAGCCAGGGGAAUUGCUUCAUUGACCGCGAUGGUAAGAUCUUUCGACACAUUCUAAACUUUCUCAGGACAUCGCACCUUGACUUGCCUGAUGACUUCAGAGAAAUGAAGCUGUUGAAGAGAGAGGCAGAUUUUUAUCAGAUCCAGCCUUUGAUUGAGGCACUUCAGGAGAAAGAGAAGGAAAUGUCACUGUUGGAAAGGAAUGCAAUGUUGAAUAUCAGCUUACAUAAAAAAAUUAAGACUGUGCAUUUUACAGUUCGUGAAGGCCCCCAGAUUUAUACUCUAUCUUCCUCAAACAUGGAUGUUUUCACUGCAGACAUUUUUUGCACUUCCAGCAUGUUUCUAAAUCACGUAGUCAAUAGAUUUUGCUAUUAUUUUAAAGGGAGUGUCUCUUCUGUGUACAGUGAGUUAGAGGAUCAGAAUCAUGUUGUGCUACAAUGGGUAGCCACAGUAAGCGGCCUACCAGAAGAAGAGUAUACCAAACAAAACCUAAAACGACUGUGUGUGAUGCCUGCUAACAAGCCAAUCAACAGUUUUUGUGUAUUUGUUGAGGAGAUUCUGAAAAUAGCCAUGAGUGAUGGGUUCUGUGUGGACUCCACUCUUCCUGCUUCUUUCUUAACUGAUAUAAAAAAUAAUAAAAUUAUUCGCUUAACACGAUACAAGUAAAAUUUAAGUAUGACUGAUGCACUACCAGUGUACGGCUAUCUGUAUGGGAGCCUUAUGUAGAAGUACUGCCAGUUAGCAAAUUUAUGUGUAACCAUGUACUCUGACGACAUGACUGAGUGACUUUAACACCGCAUGCUUCAAUGGUGAAAAUAGUGUCAGGUGUUUGAAAGGUUACUACUGUACAUUCUCAAAAAACAUUCAGAUGUUGAUAAUAUGGAUAUUACAUCUAUUUAAUUUGCUGAUUUUUAGAGUCUCUACAGAGGUGCCUACAUGAUGUCAGUACAAAGAAAAAGACUGUAUUGAUACAUAGAAACUUAAUACAAUAGCAUUUUUAAAAUAAUGUAUCCUCCUAUUAAAUUAUUAUUGUUUCAUAAAAUAAUGUAAAAUAAUGCGGUUUUACUUCCAUAUAUGUUAAAAAUUUGUAAUUUAGCCUUUAGAACCUGUUUUGAUCUGAAAUCUUAAUUCAGUGUUGGUUUCUGUACAUAUUUGUUCAAUAGUAUACUCUAGCCCUCUGGGACUGUGAAGUUGGUUCAGAAAGAGGAUGGAUGGAAAUGCAACCGGGGCAGCUUUCAUCAGUUCAUACUGCCUGCUGUUGAUACUUUCAUUUAUUGUAGUUCUAUCAAAUUAAAAAUAAUAUUUAUUAAGUAAUUAUUUCCUACAGAUUAUGUGGAAGAACUAUAUAUAUUUAUAUAUACUAUAUAAAAAUACUCUAAUACACUAUUUCCUGAUUCUGGAGCAUUCAUGAACUGCUGCUGGCUUUUGUUCAUAUAGGUUUUAUUUUUUUAAUUAGACUGUGGUUCCAUUCUUUUGUUUAACUCUUCUCCGGGUUUUAUUUUCAAAGACUGGAUUUUUAAUUUAUUGUUAAAUGGAAAAAUAAAAUAGUUUAUGCAUUAAUGACUGCUGAAAUAUAUAUCACCUUCAGUUAAAAGCUGAAUAGGUACCCAUUAUUAGGAUACAACCUAUAGUAUAUUUCACAUGUUGUGUACACAAUAAGAUUUUAUUAAGCUGUUCUGUAUUUAGUGAAGCCUUUGUUUUGCGUCUUUAUUCUGUUACUUUCAAAAAUUUGUAGUGGAAAAGGAGCACAAUCUCUUCUUUAUAUUCAGUUAAUUGUUUAUAAAGAUAAACAUUGGUUAACUGUGAAAAAUGAUUGAUACAUUUAAAGAAAAAUGCCAUUUGGAUUGCAAUUAGAUUAGAUUUAUUAGAUACAUAGCAAAAUAGUCCUGAUAACUUACCUGAUAGAAUCUUAAUUUUUAAAAAUAAUAAUAUUACUGGAAAAAGUAGGUUUAUGAACUGGAUGGAUUGAAGUAAAUUAUUUGUGAUAUUUAAUAAAAAAUGGUAAUUUAUAGUAAGAAGUUAAUUAUAUACAAUUUAAAAUUAGUAGCUAGGCUUAACUAAAUAUUACUUUAGGUGCUAUAUUGGUAAAGAAAGGAUCUACUACUUUUUUAACUUUUAAAAUAAGUAAGUAAGAAACCAGACUAAUUUAAUUAUACCUGAAACAAUUUUUAAUACCUUAGUAGUAGGAAAUGUCCUCUACAAACCAUGAUAAGAGUGAAGAAGUAACAGAGUAAAUUAUAAAGCAAAUAUCCAGGAUCCUGAUCACACUGACUUAGCAACCUCCCCACCCCAACGUAAUUUUUGCUAUAUAUUG